UCUAUAUUAGUGCAUCAUGGAGGGGAGCUCAAUAGCGUUAGCCCGCAGGCCUCCCACUCCACCGCAGUGCAGCAUCUCACCAUCCACCUUGGCCUUUGACCAACGAUUCACCUCGACAGCUAACGGGAUUCUCCUUUUGGCAGAAAUGGUCUGUGGGAUGUUGGUGUGGAUUCUGCUAGCAGGCACAGAAUAUUUUCAUCUCUCUGCUCUCUGCUGGGUUAUGUUUGUUUCCAUCUCGUGCUGGGUCAUUACCAUUUGCCUCUUCAUUAUUUAUCUCACUGGAGCCCAAAACAGGACACCCCGAGUGCCCUGGACCACACUGUCUCUGUGUUUGAAUAGCAGCGCUACAGCUCUGUACCUGCUCACCGCAGUGCUGGAAGUCCUCUCGCUACAGAGUACUGUCACUGGGCGACAUACCCACAACUGCUGGACUGCAUCUAUUUGUUUUGCCAUCCUGACUACAGUGUGCUAUGGAGGCAGCAGCCACCUCAGCUACCAGGCCUGGAAAGCCAACAAGGAGGCGUGUUGAGAUCUUGUCUUCUUUCCCUUCUUUGUCAAAGUUCCAUGAUGACACUCUGGCUCAAACUGAAAUGGCUCAACAGAGUUGAUCUCAGCCAGUUAGCACAAACUGUGGCUAUUGCUAAUCCCCAUCCCCAUUUAACGUCGCUA